GUCUGGGCUGCCAUACAUACUAUCGUCGACACUCGAUAGGUAAAUCCACGCCAAUUGGGCAAGCGAUCGCGCAAGACCACUAGAUUACUGAAACAGUUGUUCCCUUCACUGAGAGCCCCUCGGCCCUUGAGGUCGCCAUCAUCCUGAGCCCGGACAGGUGGGUCGGCUGUCAGUGGAUGAUCACCUCUAUUCUCAUUGCAAUCUUUAUAUGUAUAUGAGCUUUUAACACGUAAACUUGAUUCACGCUUUUCAAUCUUGCUAACCCUACAACCCAGCCUCGAACGUAUCCUUUUCAAUUCAGCAUACCGUCGUUAUCUUAAUUUUUAUCUAUCUUGUUCCAACCACACAGCAUCAUCAUGCAUGUAUCCUGUUCCGUGAUUUCUGCCGCCAUUUUACUUGCGGGCCAAUCUCAGUCUGCCCCGAUCCUCGGCCUGGAUGACGGUCUUUUGAGCACCAAUCUCCAGCUCCUCGGCGGCCUGACACACACCAUUGAGGGGGUUCCUGUCGCGGGUCAAUUGACCAACGGUCUACUCGGAGUAUCCAACGAUGGCACUAGCGCUGGACUGCUCACCACGCACGGUCCAGAUGGAGGUUCCAAGCUUGCUGAGGUGCUUGAAGCCUCAAAACCUGACAGCUUGGUCGAAGGCUCCAAAUCUGGCGGACUAUUAACCGUUUCUGGAAAGGAUGGCAGCGACUCACUGCUUGACACACAUGGCUUGUUCGGAAAAUCAACACUCAGGAAGCGCUUUAGCCUACCAUUGAUUGGUGAAGUAGCAGUUUUCGAUGGAUUCACAACUAAAGCCAAGUCGAUGGCUUCCGACCUAGGCUCGAAACUCAGUGGGAUCCUUCGCAAGCGUAGUACACAGCCUUUGCCCUCGCCGACCUCAUUGCUCAGCAACUUGCCAGUUGUUGGCUACAUUCCCGGUAUGCCUGCCCUGCCAGCAAUCAGCUCCUUGCCGGUCGUCCGUAACAUCCCUGGGUUGGCACUCAUCCCCGGUCUUGGAACCACCUCGGCUGCAAGUGGCAUCGGUGCCGCGGUCAAUAGCAUAGCUAGUGUCCACAGGAGCGCUACUGAAGCUGCCCUGGAUGCCCCAAUGAAUACCAUCAACACUGGCAUAAACUCGGCUUUCCUUGGGGCUGUGGGUGCCGUGAGUGGGGCCCCUGCCGCUGUGGAUUCCUUGCUUAACAAACCCAAAGCUUGAAGGAUUCCCAGGAGCUUCAGACACGACACCACUAUCUUUCUCGGAUUAUGGCCCACCGCGCCUUCAAGCGACAACUUGCACUGAUUAGUUUAAAAUCAUAAGGUCUCUUCCAAGCUUGGCUAUUUAAUCUGUUUUGCCUAGAACACUCGAUCGGUUCAUGCAUAAGCUUUCAACUUACAUGUUAUUGAGAUUGUACUCGCAAUAUCGUUAUACUUUAGACAUCGUUUAUUAAUAAA